AUGUCUGCAAUAUCGUUAAAAAUUAUUGCGUCGUGUAAGGGAGAAUCAAAUAUCAGCAGCAAUGCCGAAGCGGAGCGUCUCACAAUGCAUCGCUGCAUUGUCACAAGUAUUAUAGAAAGUGAGAAUGUUUAUGUUGAAUGCCUUUACGUAAUGGAAAAGUAUAUGAAUGCUAUAAAAGCAACUUUGUCAACGUCCCAACCAGUAAUAACAGAAGAAGAAUUCGGCACUAUAUUCUACAAAAUAUCAGAGCUACAUGAAUUGCACAAAAACUUCCUCGAAGGCCUUAAAACUGCUGUUGAGAGUUGGGAGGAGCCCCUGUCUGUUGGCAUUCAUUUUAAAAAGAUGGCGGAGAACAUAAACGUGUAUGGCGCGUUCCUGCACAACUACGGGCGCGCGACGGACGCGGUGCGGCGGCGCUGCGCCAGCUCGCAGCGCUUCGCGGACCUCACGCGGCAGAUCGCGUGCCGCGGCCAGCCCAUGUCGCUGGACGACCUGCUGCACAAGCCCGUGGCGAGGGUGCAGAAGAAUGCGCUGGUUUUACAUGAUCUCAUAAAGUAUACACCAGCAAGCCACCCCGACCAUGCAAUGUUAACGGAAGCAUUGAAUAUGACGCAACAUUUCUUGGAUGAAUUCAACAUAAUACAAACAAAAUCUAUGUUCCCGAAUGCUGACCGCGCUCAACGGAGACUGGUCAAGAAUUCCUUCAUUGUAGAACUAUCAGAUGGACAUAGAAAACUGAGGCAUCUAUUUCUUUUUAACGAUGUUAUCGCAUGUGCAAAAUAUAAGGCAUCGGGAAGGGACAAGUUCACGUUCGAGCUGAAAUGGUUCAUACCACUGCCCGACAUAGUGGUGGUGGAGGACGAGGGCGGCGCGGCGGAGCGCGAGGCGUCGCCCGCCAACAUCGUGGCGCUCAAGUCGCAGGCCUGCACCGUGCGCGACCAGAUACUGGCGGAGGAACGCGCCCUGCAGGAUGAAAAGAAAAUUAGACUAGGCGGUCGUGGUGGUACGGAAAAGCAGCGCAAGAAAUUAGCAGAGUUAGAAGGGCAACUCGUGCUCGCGUCCCCCAACCUGGUGUUCCGUGUGGGGGCAAAGGCGCCGGGCUCCGCUGCGCUUCAGCGCCAGCACGUGUUCUUCCUCAGCUCAGAGUACGAGCGCACGCAGUGGAUCGACUCUAUACACGCUUUGCAGGCGUCGUCCGCGCCGCCGGCGGGCACGGGCACGGUGUCGAUGCUGGAGCUGCAGGGCUGGGUGACGGCGUGCCGCAGCUACCUGCAGACGGACAUGGGCUCGUACCUGCUGCGCAGCGGCCGCGACGACUCGCUGCUGCUCGGCGACCUGCAGCUGCACAUCGGCGGCAUGACCGCGCCGCUCGACACCGCUGCUGAUUACUACAUCGUAGUGGAGGUAGACUCGUACGGGCACUACUUCCGCAAAGCGAAGUCUAAGCUGGUGUGCCGCAGCGCGCAGCCGCGCUGGAACGAGAGCUUUACGCUCGACCUCGAGGGCUCGCAGAACCUGCGCCUGCUGCUGUACGAGGACGCCGCCAGGCCCGUGCUCAGGGGGAAGUGUACACUAAAACUGUCCCGCGAGUGGGUGGGCGAGAGCGUGUCGCGCACGGUGGGCGUGGGCGGCGGGUCGCUGCCGCUGCGCGUGCGCGUGCUGCCGCCCGAGCGCUCCGCGCGCCACGUGCCCAGCGCCAAGCCCGGCGCGCUCUUCGGCGCCAAGAUCACGCACGUCGCCAAACGGGAAAAGCGUAACAUACCGUUCAUAAUAAGCGCGUGCGUGCGCGAGGUGGAGCGCCGCGGCAUCGGCGAGGUGGGCAUUUACCGUGUGUCGGGCAGCGCCUCGGACCUCAACCGGCUCAAGAAGAGCUUUGAGACCAAUGCGUAUGAAGCAGAGCAGCUAUUAAAAGAAGUAGACAUUCAUUCGGUAACUGGAGUAUUGAAACUUUACUUACGCGAAUUGCCCGAAGCACUUUUCACCGACGCGUUAUAUCCCGAGUUACUUCGAGCUUGGGGGUCGACUCAGAACGUAGGCGUAUCGACGGAGUCGGGGCCAGCUCACACAAGGCGCCAUGCGCUUCUAAAAUGUUACGCACAAUUACCAGAUCUCAAUAAGAACUGCAUUGACUUUUUACUUAAUCAUUUUAUUAAAGUGAACCAGCAUGAAGGCGAAAACAAAAUGUCGUUGCACAACCUAGCAACUGUGUUCGGUCCGACGUUGCUGCGGCCGAGUGCGGCGGGCGGCAAGCUGCGCGCCGACCAGCUGGCGGCCGGCACCGUCGACGUCAUGGCGCAGGCCGGCAUCCUAUACACGCUGCUGCAGCAACGUCAUCUGGCGCAGCACCUCUCCGCGCACCGCCCGCACGCGCACAACACGCCGUCGUUGCUCGAC